CUGUGGAGAAAGAAGCAGAGGGUCGCCAUGUCAAAACAGGGCAGCUUGCAGCCAUCAAAGUUAUGGAUGUCACAGAGGAUGAAGAAGAAGAGAUAAAACAGGAAAUUAACAUGCUGAAGAAGUACUCACACCAUAGAAACAUAGCAACGUACUAUGGCGCUUUCAUCAAGAAGAGUCCUCCAGGCCACGAUGACCAACUCUGGCUGGUUAUGGAAUUCUGUGGAGCUGGAUCUGUCACAGACUUGGUCAAAAAUACGAAAGGAAAUGCUCUGAAAGAAGAAUGGAUUGCCUACAUCUGUAGAGAGAUACUACGGGGCUUAACUCAUCUUCAUGCACACAAAGUUAUUCACAGAGACAUCAAGGGACAGAAUGUGCUACUAACAGAAAAUGCUGAAGUAAAACUCGUUGAUUUUGGUGUGAGCGCUCAGCUGGACAGGACUGUCGGAAGGAGGAAUACAUUCAUUGGUACCCCGUAUUGGAUGGCUCCUGAAGUGAUAGCAUGUGAUGAAAAUCCUGAUGCCACUUACGAUUAUAGGAGUGACAUUUGGUCUUUGGGAAUUACUGCAAUUGAAAUGGCAGAAGGCGCUCCACCUCUGUGUGACAUGCACCCAAUGCGGGCCUUAUUCCUUAUUCCAAGAAACCCCCCUCCUAGAUUGAAAUCUAAGAAAUGGUCAAGGAAGUUUAUAGAGUUUAUUGAGAACUGUCUGAUAAAAAAUUAUACACAGAGACCGUCUACAGAUCAGCUGCUAAAGCAUAGCUUCAUCCGAGACCAGCCAACCGAGAGGCAGGUACGCAUCCAGUUGAAGGACCACAUUGACCGGACCCGGAAGAAGCGUGGUGAGAAAGAGGAGACCGAGUAUGAGUACAGCGGCAGUGAGGAGGAGGAGGACAACGUUGGUGAAGAAGGUGAACCCAGCUCCAUCGUGAAUUUGCCAGGUGAGUCCACGCUCCGGCGGGACUUCCUCCGCCUGCAGCAGGAGAAUAAGGAGCGCUCGGAAGCCGUGAAGCGGCAGCAGCAGCAGCAGCAGAUUGCGCUGCCUCGCCGGGACCUGGAGGAGCGCAGGCGACAGCUCAUCUCCGAGCGGCAGAAACGCAUCGAAGAGCAGAAGGAGCAGCGGCGUCGGUUGGAAGAGCAACAGCGCAGAGAACGAGAGCUCCGGAAGCAGCAGGAGAAAGAGCAUCAGCGGCAGUUAGAUGAGAUGCAGCAGCUUCGCAGGGAAGAGGAGAGGAGACAAGCUGAGAGAGAGCAGGAGUACAUAAGGCACCAAUUAGAGGAGGAGCAGAGGCAGUUAGAGAUUCUUCAGCAGCAGCUACUGCAAGAACAGGCUCUGCUUCUGGAAUACAAGCGGAAGCAACUGGAGGAGCAACGGCAGUCCGAGCGGCUUCAGAGGCAACUGCAGCAGGAGCAUGCCUUCCUCAUGUCACUGCAGCAACAGCAGCAGCAACAGCAGCAGCUACAGAAGCAGCAGCAGCCUCAAGAAAAGAAGCAGCUAUAUUACUACAAUAAAAAUGUAAAUCCUUCUGACAAGCCAGCCUGGGCAAAGGAGGUCGAAGAACGCUCCAAAAUGAACCGGCAGAACUCUCCUGGUGCGAAGCCGAAGAUGGGGACCACGAUAUCUGAUCCUUCGCUGCAGUCCCUCUCCGAAUCUGUACCCAACAAUUCCACCCAGGCUUCACAGACGCCACCCAUGCACCGGCCUGUGGAGCCACAGGGAGCCCAGUCAAAGUUUCAAGUGGCGCACCUAGUUGCGCUGAAACCUUCUGUAGCGGUUCCAAGGUCUCAGUCACUCCAAGACCAACCGACUAAGAAUGUCGCUGCCUUCCCAAGCCAGGAGCCUGUGCCAGUGAAGCGUGGUGAGAUGUUGCGCCAGAACUCAGACCCCACCUCCGAGACUCCUGUGCUACCUCCUCGUGCCAACAGAGAUGACUCUGGACCGUGGGUUAAAAUGACUGAAGAAGCGCCACCAAAGGUUCCUCAAAGAACGACCUCCAUAGCUACAGCACUAAACAGCAGUAGUGCCCUGAUAAAUCGUCCAGGGCAGGCACCACGUGCAAGCAAUCCAGACUUGCGUAGGAUUGAGCCGGGUUGGGAAAGAGCAGAGAGUCUCCCUCAGAUUGGCCCCCAUCGAGUACUUGGGACUGGUUCAAUGGAGCGCAACAGAAUUACAACUUCCUCUCAGCCUGAAGGGUCACCGAUCCUUUCACAGGAUGCGAACCGUGGGAAGCCAGAGGAGAUACGAACUACCUCACGGCCCAGCAGACCUGCAGAUAUGCUGAAUCUGGGGAAAGACAUCCGUUCAGACGAGCUGCCUAAACCACCAGUUAAAGUGAUGGACUACUCUUCCUCGAGCGAAGACUCUGGCAGCACUGAUGAAGAGGACGAGGAAGGAGAAAAUGAGCGCCAAGAUGAGAAUCUAUCCAGCUCCGAUGGUUCCAGAUCUGGGCAAAACCGUACCAACGAUGGCGACACAGACAGCAUCAGCACAAUGGUAGUGCAUGACGAUGAAGAGCCCGCAGUGGUUGAAACUUCAGGCAACAGCUAUGGAGAUGGGACCAUGAUUGUUCAGAGGACCCCUGAGGAGGAAAGAAACGUCCAUCAUCCAGACAGUAAUGGUUUCACAAGUCACGUUAACCUGCCUGAUUUAGUACGGCAGAGUCAUUCUCCUACUGAUACCAAAGGCACUAAAUCUCAGCAGGAUGAUAGUAUAGCAGAGUUUCAGUCAAGAGGGUUGGUGAAAUCCCCUGGAAAGUCAUCUUUUACUACCUUUGUUGAUCUCGGAAUGUAUCAGAUGGGUGCUGGUGGGGAAACCAUACAACUCGCUGGGUUGAGUAUCAGUGACGUGAGUCGAAUAAACCAGCAGAAAAACGAGGACAGGAAGUGUUCGGUCGUGAAUGUUAAUCCAGCCAACACACGACCACACAGCGAUACGCCAGAAAUACGGAAAUACAAGAAACGCUUUAACUCUGAAAUACUCUGUGCUGCUUUGUGGGGUGUGAAUCUGCUGGUGGGAACAGAGAAUGGACUCAUGCUGCUCGACCGAAGCGGGCAAGGCAAAGUGUACAGCCUCAUCAGUCGCCGACGCUUCCAGCAGAUGGACGUAUUGGAAGGGUUAAACCUCCUCAUCACGAUAUCAGGUAAACGGAACAAGCUCCGUGUUUACUAUUUGUCCUGGUUACGGAAUAAGAUUUUGCACAAUGACCCAGAAGUGGAGAAGAAGCAGGGCUGGACCACAGUGGGCGAUAUGGAGGGCUGUGUGCACUACAAAGUGGUGAAAUACGAGAGGAUCAAGUUCCUGGUCAUUGCCCUGAAGAACUCUGUUGAGGUUUACGCCUGGGCCCCGAAGCCUUACCACAAGUUCAUGGCAUUCAAGUCAUUCACAGAUCUGCCUCAUAGGCCAUCAUUGGUUGACCUAACGGUAGAAGAAGGUCAGAGGUUAAAGGUUGUUUAUGGAUCUAGCACGGGCUUCCAUGCAGUUGAUGUGGAUUCUGGAAAUACCUACGAUGUUUACAUCCCAGUGCAUAUUCAGUCCCAUAUGGUGCCUCAUGCCAUUGUAAUUCUACCCAACACUGCCGGAAUGGAAAUGCUUCUGUGCUAUGAAGAUGAAGGAGUUUAUGUGAAUACCUACGGCCGUAUCAUGAAGGAUGUGGUGUUGCAGUGGGGUGAGAUGCCAACCUCUGUGGCGUACAUCUGUUCAAAUCAGAUCAUGGGUUGGGGUGAGAAGGCAAUUGAAAUCCGCUCUGUAGAGACGGGUCACCUGGAUGGAGUUUUUAUGCACAAAAGAGCACAGCGGCUAAAAUUCCUCUGUGAACGCAAUGAUAAGGUCUUUUUUGCCUCUGUCCGUUCAGGUGGAAGCAGUCAAGUUUAUUUCAUGACAUUAAAUAGGAACACAAUCAUGAACUGGUAAAAGGGACAACUUGUUGGACUACUGAAGCGUUGGAUACUGUACAUAAAUAUGACGGUGCAUUUUGUAGAUCAGAGAUUUAAGUGAGAUAUGAAGACCUUAGAGAGGUUUCUAUGGAACUCAGAAUGGAUCUCGUGCCUCAAAAGACAUUGUCAUGAAACUGUUGCUUUUCAGUUUUUAUUUGUCCUUCCCUCUUCUGGAUAACGAAUUUGACAGCUUGGCUGCAGUUGUGCCACCUAUCCAGCAUGCUUUACUCAUUUGAAGCCAAGGCUGCUUCUCUGAUUGACAGCUGAGCGCACAGAUCCAGUGUGCACUUGGUUGUGGUUGGGGUGAUGAAUAAUGGUUGGAUGAUUUGAAAUGAGCCACUGUUCUGAUUGGCUAGGGAGCACCGAAUACUAUCAGUUAACCCUGUUAUAAUGAACUCAUCUGUGUCAGUCCAGGCCAACUUCCUCGAUCAGAAAGUUGGGAAAAACAUGGGUUAAGUCCAGAUUGGUAGCUCGCUGUCAUUCGUGUGUGUUUUUUUUUGCCUAUUUUAGAAUAGAAUUAAGGUUUAAAAAGUAGUUUUUCCAACUUUUUCAUAAAUCCAAAUGUAGCCAAAGGCACAAAACUACAUGGUUUCUGUUCAGUCACAACUAAUUAGGGCCUUGAGAGGUGUGGGCGAUCUCCAUUGUUGAUUUGAGGGACCAUUGAUCUUAAUUGAGGACAGAUUCUGCCCCGGAGUAAAGUGAUUGUUGGAAACUUGUAUAAUCAGCACAGUGCACCAUUUUGUAUUGAGGGGCCAUCUCAAAAUGGCUCCAUGGUGUGCUUUGAUUGGCAUUAUUGGAUUGCACGUAGAUUAAUCAUAGUUGAAUUGAGAGUAUUUGAUGGCUUUUCCAAUGACUAAUGUAUCUCCAUCCUUUCAAGCUCUAAAGUUUGGCAGAAAUCGUUCACUGUCGUACAUCCAUCAUUAAGUCAAGUCUGUUGACUGCGUUCCCUUGAUUUUGAUACCUAAUAGCACAGAUGAGAGCAGCGAAAUGUACAAAAUUGGUCUUGCAGAAUUGUGGCCUCAGCGCAUUUCUCGAUUUUGAAACAACACCUUUCUUUCCAAUGGUUUCCAAAGCCUUUUUUAAAAAAAAAUUGAAUCCAUGUAUAUUUGUGCUCACAGGGUCAUUGCACUUGGUAACAAUAAAGAUUGCCACUCAAGACAAUGACAUCUGGGCUUGGGUGGAAGCAAGGAAAUGGUGAGAGGGGUAAUGAGAGUUGACCCAACGUCAGAUUAUAGAGUCCAGCUGUGUCAGGAUUGGGAACUCUUGUUACUGUGAUUCAGUUGCUGCUAUGUUGCGGACAGUCAGUUGGCUUUGAGAUGGCUGUCCCUAGUUUUCUGUGCUCUCUCACUGGAAGGUGAGUGUGUCCAGGCAUGGUUUUAAUGUUCCUUCACCCAUUUAAUUCCUAAAUCAGGCAAAGCUUUUGUGAGGACCUUGCAGGAAAAUGUAGAGGUCUCCCAUGUAAUUCAUCUUUUAUUUGUGAUCAGUUAUCUCCACACUGAUUUCAGAUACACCAGUCCCCUCAAGUUACAUAAUUCAAAACUGAAUACUACCUCAUUUGCCCGAAUCCUGUCUUUGGAGUUUAUAGAGAACCAUUCUAAAUCAAUUUAAGCAAUGCCCCAAUAUAUUGGUAGAACAAUUCCUGGACCAUGAUUCUAGUGAGCAGUGGACAGACAGAUAUUGUGUGGGGAAAGGAAGUGUCUGCUGUAAAGAAACCUGCCCCUAGGUUUUUUAAGAUGAAAUCAAAUCAUUGAAUUACAUUCUUUUUCUCCUCUUGUGAAAAUUAAUUUUAAAAUGUCAUUCCCUGGUGAAAAAGUGUUCAAGUACUUUCUUCCCCAGCUCUUUAGAGCACUGGUUUUAGUCAAUAAAUUAUCUUUUUUUUUGAAGUACAACUGUUAUUAACUUGAGGUGAGGGAGAAGGAAAGAAAUGCACGGUAUGUAGAUGAUUGCCAUUAAUAGAAGAGCAUGUCAGGGAAUAGCCGUUAAAAGGGUGGGAUGUUAUAAGUUCUAAACUCUCCUCAGCUGAGACCUGGUUGCUGUUUAUAUGGCAAGAUCUGGUCAUGGGUUUAAACCAAGUCAUCAAUAUUUCUUUCAUAAGCUAGUGUGUGAUCCCUCCUUGGAGUCUGAUCUUUCAUACAUUGAUUGCAAAUGUGACGUUGGCCGGACUUUAUCACUUGUGGCACUCAAGCCCUCAGAUCGGUCUCCUAAUUCUUCAGGUAAUGACCAAUCUGUACCUUAACACUUCCCCAUCUUUGCUUGGAUUUCCUGUGUGCAAAGCAAGCGUAUCCCAGAGUUUCCUUCUCCCUCUACCUGUUAGCAUAUCCGGCUGAGGCUCCUGAACCCUUCAAUUCAGCCCAUCUCCAGCUGCACUGAGUGGCCUCUGUUGCUUCACAAAGACCAUUCCUGAUGUGGAUCCCUUCACCCCUUUGAAAGAUUGGAGUUGCAAGCUGAAAAAUGGUUGCAUGGGUUCGGAUUAUCCUAAAGUCGGACUUCUCACUUCUGCUUUCAUUCCCUGCGUACAAUUCUGCUCAGUUUGCUGCCGUCGUACAGCUAGAGGUUAGGAGUCAUCUGCUUUCACACUCUGUAGAAUUGGCUAUUUGCUGUAAGUGUUUUGAUUAGUGUGACAUGUCUAUAGUGCCUUGUAUGAUUUGUUUCACCGGGGGCCACUUCUACAGAGGCAUUGGUAAUGGGACAUCUAAUUUAGCCGGAAAUGCAGUGGAUUAGGUUUAAGAUUGAUUCUGCUAUCAGUCGAUGACCAUGAAGGAGCUGGAAUCCACAGCUCCACUUAAAGGCUGUGCUGCCACACUCUUGUUUCAUGUUUGCUGUAAAUCAUAUUUCGCUGCUGCUUUUUGGCUAGAGAAUUGACUUGGGUUUUUUUCUUGUUGAUUUGGCUAUUAUUAAACUAGUUUGAAAGUAAUGUUACAGUUUAAAAGUAAUGUUUUCAUGCUCUGAGCUGUCCUUCUGCAGGGAAUGUGUACACAGUGGUGUGUUAAAAUAUGAGGUUCGGAUUUAAUUAAUUUUACCAGAGUCCAUGUACAUAUACUGUAUGUCUGGAAUUUAUCCUUUAAUAAAAUGUUACAAUGGAAUAAAGUAACUGAAUGGCAGUGAGCUUCAGCAAUACACUCUCAGCAGCCUUUGUCCUGGGAAGAUCCUUUGAUGCAAAGCUGCAAGUGGUGUCUGCUCGAACUCACCCAAACCCCAUGGUUAUUAGAUUAGUUUGUCACAUGAACCAGGAUACAAAUAAAUUCCUUGUUGGCAGAACAGUAUACAUCGUAAUAAUAAAUACCACAACAAGAGCAAAACAGCAGAAUAGUGCAAAGAUUGUCAUGCAGACUGAAGUAGUACAAAAGGAAAUGUUCCCAAUUAGAUUAUUUUGCCAUGACUUCCAUUGAUGGGAUGCUUUGACGUUACUUCAGGAAGACUUAGUUUCUUAUUCCAAGCAACGUUUACAUUGCAGCAGUCUUCAGUGUUCUGUACUUGAGUGAAAUGGCAGUGUAUCCAAAUGCUCAUUCUAUACUCAAGAGCCACACAAAGUGUGCAGGAUCUUGACCUAUUGCUCCAGUAACCUUUAUAAUGUAUAUAAUCCUUGUAUCUAAACAUGGAGCACCAAUGACAUUUGGUUUACCACAGGCAGAUCGUGCUGGGAAUAUUCAGCAGGUCAGGCAGCAUCUGUGCGGAGAGAAACAGAGUUAGCAGUUCAACCUGACGAAAAGUCAUCAACCUGAAAUGUAAAAGAUUUCUCUGUCCACAGAUGCUACCUGACCACCUGAGUAUGACCAGCAUCUUCUAUUUUGUUUCAGAUUUACGAACGUGUGCAGGAUUUUGCUUUUGGAUCACUAUUUGUUUAGUGCCCAGUUUUUCUUGCAAGUUUGUGUGGGUGAGCCUAGGAGGACCCUGCUCAGCUUGUACCUAGCUCUGUGAUAACAAAGGGAUUGGUGGAGGAAGGUGUGGGAUAGUGUGACUGGGUAAAAUCUACAAGUAUUGGGACUACCUCCACUACUGAGGGUAGCAGGUAUAAUUGUUCAUUUGGCAGAUGGGAUUAAGCAAUUGUUUUGGCACAACAUUGGAAACUUCCUGCACUGCGAAGAGAUUCUAAUGAUCUUUCUGUCUGCUGAAAUUUCAAUUGUAUCUAGUCAAUCUCCUGUGUGUUGCACAGGGACUUCAGGCUUGCAGUGAAGCCUCAGGAAGAAAGUGGUUAAUUCAAGCAAGGUGUGCUGCCGUAAUUCAGAUACUACUAAAAUUCAUUGAAAUGAUCUUAUUUUCAUUCUAAAAAUUCUAGCGGAAAUUGGCUGUGUAAACUUGCUGCAGUGUAACAGCAGCCUCCUGGAUGCAGAGUUGACAGAGGUUCAAGUCUCAUUUCUGUGACAUUGCUAAUGUGCCCUGCAAUAAAUUACAAAGUGAACUGGCGGUAAAGGUGCAGUGCUUCAGGGGGUGCUCAUUACAAAAUGUAUCCAGCGAGCUUGCCGUGAGUCACACAUCUUUCCCCAGUUCUGAUGCUCAUGGUACAAUAAGUUCACUGGGAGGAACCUUCUCGUAGAUAAUUAUUUCCUUAGAUAAUUAUGGUCCUGAAUUGAUUUCUGCACGUGAUUCGGGUUUUCAAACAUAUAUUGACCAGUGUUUAACAUCUCCAUAUGCAUGUAUUUCCCAAAAGCCCAGCAAUGUGACAGUGUGCAGAGGUAAAAUAUUUACUGUAAAACAGUUGUAUUGGGCUCAUGAGCUUCCUGUCCCAACUUCGGGAAGAGAGUUGGCAUUAUUUCUUUUAAACUUAUGACAUUUGCCUCAGCGUGGGAUCCAUCACCUGCUUCAGAAUGAAAUGUAGGGGGGAGAACAACAAAAAAGAGAUCACAAGUUAAAUGUUGUACUAACUACUCACACUGACUGCUAAUUUAUUUGACCAAAAUCACUAUUUCAGAACACAAUGUCAUGGCAGUCACUGAACUGUAUUCUAAUGGGUGAGGUUUUCCAUCUAACAAUUGGAAUUUUUAAAAACAAAAACUGCAGUAAACCUGCAGGGUGAUUCUUUCACUUGGCUCCAGUGUGAGGAUGCUAAGAUAACUGAGUAAUAAUCUUUGUCCAUUUAUCUGGAAAAGUAAGGAGGUGGGGCCAAGAGAAGAUUGAUCUCAGCUGAUGCAGAGGAUGUUGGACCAGUCAGCAGCUCUCGGUCCUCAGCUGUGUAAUCUUAUCCCUAAAUGGAGAGACGAGAGAUGCAGGAAUCUGGAGCAACCCACAAAAAACAGGAGGAACUCAGCGGGUUGGGCAGCAUCGGUGGAGGGAAAUGGACGGUCGCUGUUUCAGGUCGAGACCCUACAUCUGGACUGGAUUCAUUUCCCUCCAUAGAUGCUGCCUGACCUGCCAAUUCCUCCAGCAUUUUGUGUGUUAAUCUUUUCCCUAAACCACCUCUUAGAUCUUAUGUUUCCACCUUGUAGUCUAUUUGCAAGCCCUUGUAAUCCAAGUGAUGACUGGUGUUUAUUUUUAGGCUGAACUUGCCCUCCUUAAGAUGGUUGUGUUGUGUGGCAGCACCCGAUUGUAAUGACUGCAGUCCAUUGUAGUAACAACAUGUGCACUAUGCUGACUCCAAUGUACAAGUUGUGCUGUUUGACAUCUGAGUGGUUUCUCUAUCUAAUUUGGUAUCAAAAUCAGGGCUCUUUGGUUGUUGGGCCUUGGGAAACUGUGUACAGCUUUGACUCAAAGAGGAUGUGUUCUAUUUAAAUGAAAAUCUCUUUAUUUUUACUCUUGUAAAUAGUUUUGAAUGUUAACCAUAUAUUUUGGGGUAAAAAUGUUGUGUGAACUAAGUUCUGUUUUAGCAACAAACAAAAAGGCAUUAAGACAAUCGAGAGAAGAUGAGUGUUUAGCUACUGUAUGUACUCGUAUGUAGGUUUCAUGCACAUUUAAGACCAGGUUUGAUGUGGAUGAGGGGGGGCUCACUGAUAUCUCUGCUUACCUGACUGUCGGUGAUCCAUAGAGGUCCAAAGAUUUUGACUGAAGACCGAAUUACUUGCUGUGUCCACUGCCUCGUGUGACUUGGGUCAUUAGUUUACAAUGAAUAUUAAGCUAUGCGCUGUUCCAUUGUGUGGAUCGCUAUUAUUGUAAUUUGGGCUAUUUUUGAGUGACUAAGUGGCCUGAAUGCACAAAAGCUGUUUGGAGCUAGUACCUAUGGGCUGACACAGUGCUUUGGAGUAAGGCAGUUUAGUGAUUUGGCAUUCCGUGGUUCCACCCAUUUCCUCCCACGACCAAAGUGAAGCUACUUCUCUCUCCUCUGAAAGCUGUCCUUUCCUGCCCCUUAGCCCCUAGGCUCAGAAACUCGGGGCAGGUGUGCAGCAGGAAGUUUGAAGUUCGCUUCAUUUCUUUCCUGCAUAUGUUGAGGAUUCCUCUUGAUCUUGUCCUUCCACACAUUGACACCGCUGAGGCCUAUCAGCAGGUAUUCAGUCUGCAUGCAGCAAUGUGAUUGAACAGAAGAGACUGCAGAUGCUGAUAUCUGGGACAUAAACACUGGAAGAACCUAGUGGGUCGAGCAGCAUCUGUGGAGGCAAAAGGUGUAAGUCGGCAUUUCGGGUCCAGAACCUGCAUCGGGAAAGAGAGGGGAAGAGGAAAGAUUGUCAGUGUUAGCAAGCAGAAAGAGGCUGAUAGGUGAGACCAGAUGGGAGGAUGUGAUGGACAGAUGGAACCAGGUGGGGAAGAGGUGGGACGACUCUGUGCCACUGGGGAGAUGUGACAGUCGCCAUCCAGGCAUGGGCAGAGCUCCAAGAGGUUAAAAUGAAGCCCAGGAUUCAACAUUGCUUUAAUUAAAGAACAGCUCUGCCUCACGCCCUCAGUGGUUUUGACCUGUGGGUGCAGUGUUGCUGUCAGGCUACCUAUUGUCAGUUGCUGUUCUUGAAAUGAAAGAUCAGACAUUAACUUGCUGAUCUGGAUCAAAAUGUUUUUAGAACAAAUAAAAUAUGCCCUGAUUAACUUCUCUGGUCAACACAUCAAAGGAUAUCUAUUCAGUGUUGCAUUUGUUCGUUCAAUUAGAAGAGUUUAGAGGCAAAGCGAUUAUUCCUUCCUUCCCCCAGCUCCUGAAACUAAAUCCUUGCUGAACCCCAAUAACCACAUCGACUGGAUCAUUUCCAUGGGAUGUCAUCUGUAAACACCGUCUUCAACCUGAGCUGUUAACUCUGUGUCUCACUUCACAGAUGAUGAGUAUCAUCUACUUCUGUUUCCGAUUUCCAGCAUCUGCAGUUUUUGUUUUGCUUUUCAGUCAUUCCCGGGAAAAGCUUCUUCCCUGGGCAAAGGUCUCAGGAUCUGAAUGAUGUUGGAUAUGAAAAACUUAAGCGCUACUGAUGGCUGUUAGUAGGAACCAGCUGUGAAAUGCAAGUGGCAAGUUACUAACCUUGGUCAGGGCACCAAAUGGAUGUUGUAAUUCUCCUGAAUGACCCCAGACGAGAGGGAGAAUGUGUAGGAUUCCAAUAACUUUGUUCUUGGAAAAAUAAAAGUUAAUGAAGCAAGCAUAGAGUUAUUUUCUAAUCUUCAAAGUUUUAAUUUGAUGGUAGUUUUUAUUGGAAGUAAUAGCUGUUCAUACAAAGGUUAAUCUAAGAACUUUCCUUGAUCAAGUUUGUACCAGGAAAAAAAGGUGAUUCUCUCACACUGUCUUGUCCUCGUUCUGUUGAGAACCUUUGUCAAAUGAGCUAUUGUAUAUGGUAUUCUUUUUAAUCUGCUGCUUUAACCAUCAUGCCAUACAAGUUCUGAAUAGAGAACAACCACUUAUCAGUUUCUAGGGCUUGCAGUCUUAUUAACUGUUUUUUUGGGGGGUUUUAUACCGUAUCAAGGCUACAUCCAGUCCUGCUGACAACUUAAGUUCCUUUCUCCUGACAUCUUGGACAUUAAGCAAAGCCGAUUGUACAUUCUGAGUAGGGCCAAGUUAACAGCUCGUAUCCGUAGCUAAGUAAUCAGAGGUUCUUGUCUAUUAUUUCAGCUGUGCUUAAAAUCAAAAGAUCACGUCAAAAGUCUAAAAUCCUUCACUGGUUCCUAUCCUUGGUUGAUAUCCAUUGAUCUAUGCAGGCAUUGAGCAAGAGCAGGAUCAGACAGGAUUCUUUAGUGCUAAGUGUUGCUCUCCUGUAUAUCUGGACUUGGGCAGGAAUAAUCAAAUCAUUCAAGGUGUUGGAGGCGAACAUAAACUGAGAACAUUGAACUCCAAGUAGUAGUAUCUUGAGAGGAUGGGAGAAAAGUGAACCAGCAGGACGUGAAAGGUUCAUGCAUCAUUCGGUUACUUGCCCACCUUUAGUAAUGAGGAAGACAGUAAAUGGGAGAAGUGCUGUUGGGGACUCCAUCUGAUGAAUCACCUUAGUUCAUGAAUGCAAAAGCAACACUGAGUGUCCAUCCUUAUUAACGACAGCAAAAGCUAAUAGAAGCAAAUAAAUAAUCUCUAAAGAGCUGAUAAAUGUGAACAGUUUGAAAACUACACUGGGUGCUCCACCGGAUAAGCAUCAUCAUAUUUAAACAGUUGACCCAAACUCUUGGCGCCCAUGUUAAAUUGUAUGUGCGUGCAUAGAGUGCAACGAUACAGCUGUCUCAUUCGGAGCCAUUAAUGUGCAAUCUAAUGUUGUGGAGUCUUGGUUUUUUUAUCUAGUUCUAAUUAAUGUUUGCAAAAAAAAACUGACAAUCUUUUUUUUCUUUCCCAAAGGAAUGUGUUUAUUUUAAAUGCCAGUGUAAUGCAGGGGGAGGGGAGCUAAAUGGAUUGUGGAAGGUUGAUUGCAUGCUGCAGAACCUAUGAGCUCCAAUAUCAUUGACAAUAUGGCUUCUUGUUUCUCAGACUCUUGGUGUCUUUGCAGUAAGAUGAGUUACUCUCAAACCGAACCAAGCAUUGCUGGUGUCUGUACAGCACGUUGUACUUGGGAUAGACUGGUACACGGGUUUUCAGCAUGGCCUUGCUUUUUAAUUCCCAGGCAAGCAGGGCACUGGAGAUCUGCCUGUAAAAGCCAUCGGAGUUUGCCAGCUUGCCUGAAGUGUUUUCCAAUGGGCCAGUUUUCUGAGUAGGAAGGCCAUUGUACCUGUGCGAACAGUAAUCGUUCUUGCCUCUGCACCUUGACCUGUUGGCGGAAUGAUUUACAAAAUCAUUUGUUUUUUAACCCCUACUACCCUGCCCCAAAGUUUCAACCUGCUGAGUUCCUGAGUUUUUUUUUUGCUUAAUGACAUACCAGUAGUUCUUUGAAUCCCAUCAAAAUCCUCAAUUAAUGCUUUGCAGAUUCGAACAGUACUAUUUGGUAUUUCACUGUAGCAGACCGAAUGGAUUCCCUAAUUGCCUUCAAGUUGUUCCUCAGUCAAUUCCCCUCAAGGCAGACAGCAAGUCCCCAGUCAAAGUUGUUUGCGUCUGCUGUGGCCAGUGGGUAAUGCUGCUGGUCUUGGCUGUCCAGUCAUUAGCAGGAGCCUCCGAGUUGCAGCUGCAAAACCUGGAGAGAUGACGGUGGCCACGCAAGGCGUUGGAGGCCAUUGGCCAUCCAACAGCUCGUCACGUGACUUGAUUUAAAUUAGGAAGAGGAAUCGCUGAUAAGACUUAAGAUCAAAGUAAGCAGAUGCUGGAAAUCUGCAGUGCGUCGGAAUACACGUGGGUUUCCCCCGGUUCCCUCCCACAUCCCAAACAUGUGCAGGGUCGGUGGGUUAAUUGGCUGCUGCAAAUUGCCCCCCUAGUGUGUGUGGGUGAGUGCAAAACCUGGGGGGAGUUGAUGGGAAUGAGGGGAGAAUAAAACGGGAUUAAUGUCAUUGGCUGGUUGAUGGUCAGCACGGACUCGGUGGGCUGAAGGCCUGUUUCUGUGCUGUAUCUCUCUGUGACUCUGCUGGAUGCGAGGUCAUUGGUCUUAAAUGUUUCUCUCAUCCUGGAUCCCGCCUGACGUGCUGAGAAUUCCCGGUAUUUUCAGUUUUUUACCCAGAUAGGCUGGUGAGUUGGAGAACUUUAUCACUGCACAUUCACACUCUGAGCUGUGAGACUGUGGAGUGGCCACUUGAGAUUUUGACUCCCCACCCCAUCCCAAACCCCCAAAUUAUUACCCAUUUGAGAAGCAAAUGGUAGAAAAUGGUGCAGUUGCCAAGACAAAAGAUAUUGAAGCUUUGUGGAGUCGUACAUCACAAGAACAGGCCCUUUGGCCAACUGUCUGUGCCGUCCAUCAUACCUAAUAUACUGAUCCUAUUUCCAAGCAUUGCCAUGUUGUUUCCAGUCUUUCUCGAGGUAAUUAAAUGCUGGGAGUGUCCCUGUCUCCACCACAACCUCAGACCAUGUUCCAGACUUCAACCGUCCUCUGGGUGAAAAAUUCAAAUCUCCUACCCUCUGUUUAUAGACACUGCUGCUAAUCUGCCCUUGCUCGUAUUUUUGUACACCUCCAUCAGGUUCCCAUCCCCCUUGGCCUUCUCUGCUCCAAGGAAAACAAGCCCAGCCCAUCCAAUCUCUCCGCGUGGCUGAAACGCUCCAUCCCAGGGACCAUCCUGGUGAAUCUCCUCUGCACCCUCUCCAGUGCAGUCGCAGAGAGUGUUUGUGAGAAAAGGGAGCCCUUUUACCUCCAGUCACAGCAACGCCGAGCUCAGUUUACCCCCAGUACCAGUCUGUUCCGGGUUUUUUUUAAACCCUUUCCAAAUGUUGGUCAAACUUUUUUCUUUAAACUGUGUGUUACUUGCCUUAUGAGGGGUUUUUAACUCUCUUUGCACCAGAGAAUGGAGCAUUCAUAGUUUUUGUUUGGUUUGUUCCACUACAGGGUGACUGCCAGCUGCUUGGGUUUGCACAGUGAGGUGGUUCUCUUCUGUUGGUAUCUGUGCUAUAAAACAUUGGCUGGCAUCCAUUCUGUUGGCGGAUUGAACGUCUGGUUUUAAUCUGUGCCCCUGGAGCACAGAUUUGAUUUGAUUUUUGCCCUUCACAGCCCAUUCAUACUGACUGCCAUUAAAUUGAAGCUUACUGUUCAAACCCAAGAGAGUUAAAAAUCCCAUGUAAGAUAUUCUUGUCUUCAAUGAAUGAAUGUAUCUUGUUUGACAUAAUUUAUGGUUGGAAAGUUUUCUUUUUGUUGAAAAAUAAAUUCUGCCCUCUGA